AUGAGUCUGCAGCUGGUGACCCAGCCAAACUGGCUGGCGCGCUCUCGCCUUGUGGUGGCUGCGGCAGGGAAACCUGGGCGCCAGGGAGUGGCCGCCGCUGCCGCUGCCGCCGAGACUGUCCUGAAGUCGGCGGCCGCCGACGGCGCCGCCAGCUCCCUCGCGGCCGACGCCUCCAAUGCAGAGGGCGAGCCCUUCUCCUGGCUGGAGUGCUGGUACCCGCUGGCGCCUGUGUCGUUCCUAGACGCACCCAAGCCCCAUGCCAUGCAAUUGCUGGGCAUAGAUCUGGUGGUGUGGCGAGACGACCAGACGGGCACCUGGGCCGCCGCACGCGACUGCUGCCCUCACCGGCUGGCCCGCCUGUCUGACGGCCUGGUGCUGGGCGGCUCGCUGUCGUGCAAGUACCACGGCUGGGAGUUCUCGACGACGGGAGAAUGCACCCGCCUGCCGCAGGCGCCCGGCGCCGACGCCGAGCAGCGUGCCUGCACCAGCGCGCGCUGCCACCUGGCCACCUUCCCUAUCAAGGCGCGUGCUGGCCUGGCAAGCUGCGGACCUGGCGAGCCCCGCCUUGAAUCCCGUGCUCCUGCUGCCCAUGCGGAGCAGGGCAUGCUGUUUGUGUGGCCGUCCGACGACCCAGCCACCUGGGUCGCUGCCGAGGCCACGCCGCUGCCGCUUGUCCCGGAAAACGACGACCCCACCUGGUUCCGAGGGGCCGACGAUGGGGCCUGGGGCUACCAGCUGAUGCCUGUGGACUUUGCGGUGGCGCAGGAGAACCCCUUUGACCCCUCCCACGCCCCGUACCUGCACGACCGCACUCUCAACAUGCGGCGCGAGGACAGCGUGCCGAUGGCCAUGCACCUGGAGGGCAAGGUGGGCCCGCAGGGCUUCCUGGUCAGCCACGGCGGCUACCUGAAGAGCAACGAGAGCAUGGAGGGCACCCGCCAGUUCAUCCCGCCAUGCACCGCCAGGCAAGGCCGCUUGCACAUCGCCACGCCGCGCCAGUGGGUUGACUAUCGCUACCAGAACGGCACCCGCCAGCUGUUCACCAUCUACACCACGCCCGCCGGCCCCGGCAACAGCCACCUGUCCUUCAAGCUCGUCACCACACCUCCCCCUGCGCCCGUCCGCCUGCUGUGGAACGUGCUGCCGCCGUGGCUGAUGCACAUUGGCGGCGCGGCGGACGAGGACCGCACCAUCCUGCACGGUCAGCAGCAGGUGCUGCAGAGCCAGGGCUGGCCCAAGGCGCCGCAUUACUUCCUGCCCACACCCAGUGACACGGGCGUGGUGAGCUUCCGCAAGUGGCUGAGGGAGUUUGGCGGCGGGGAGGUGCCCUACGAGGGGCGCCCCGCCAGCGCCGCCGCCCGCCUCACCAAGGAGCAGCUGCUGAACCGCGCGGCGCUGCACACCAGCAGCUGCACCGCCUGCCAGCAGGGGCUGGCCACUGCACGCGCCGGCGCCGGCGCUGCGGCGGUGGCGCUUGCCGCGGAGGCCGUGGCGGCGGGGGCCGUGCUGCUGAAGGCGUACGUGUGGGCCCAGGCGCCGCCCCUCCGCACCCUGGCCGCUCUGGCCGCGUGGGCGCUGGCGGCCGCGGUGUUCAGGACAGGCGAGUGGCACAGGCGUCCCUGGUGUGCUUGCCCUUAG